GCAAAAAAAAAAAAAUCCAAACCGAAUCAGUUACGAGGAAUGCAGGCAAAAUGUCAUCACUUUCCAAAUAUUGUCUUGUUUUGGCGGAGUCGCUUGGGAUACGAUCGCCACUGACGCGGGUACAGUGAUGGCUUCACAUUAGCUUUGUCGCAUCACCGUGCACCCUUUUGAUCGCUCCCGCGGUGGCUGUUGUUAGCGUUUCUCUGACAUACAUGAGUCCCAUUCCGUAAGCAUGACAAAAGACAUAGUGCUUGGAGAUGAUCUGCCGGACUGGGUGGGCGCAAAGGAGUUUUACCAGAAGUAUGACCCCAAAGAGGUGAUUGGCCGGGGCGUGAGCAGCGUGGUGCGCAGGUGCGUGCACAGACACACCGGGCAGGAGCUGGCCGUCAAGAUCAUCGAGAUCACCGCCGAGAAGAUGACCAUCCAGCAACUGGAGGAGGUGAGGACAUCCACGCUCAAGGAGAUCCAAGUCCUCAACAUGGUCAAAGGCCACUCGUCAAUCAUUACUCUCGUUGAUUCCUAUGAGUCCACUACCUUCAUCUUCCUGGUGUUUGACCUAAUGAGGCGGGGGGAGCUGUUUGACUACCUCACAGAAAAAGUGACCCUGAGUGAAAAAGAAACAAGGAGCAUGAUGCGAGCUCUGCUGGAAGCGGUGCGCUACCUCCACUCCCGCCACAUUGUCCACCGCGACCUGAAACCUGAAAACGUUCUGCUGGACGACCAGGGACACAUUAAACUGUCCGACUUUGGCUUCUCGGUGCAGCUGCAGCCUGGGGAGAAGCUGAGAGAGCUUUGUGGAACACCCGGCUACUUGGCUCCCGAAAUACUGAAAUGCUCCAUGGAUGAAAUGCACCCGGGCUACGGAAAAGAGGUUGACCUCUGGGCAUGCGGCGUGAUCCUCUUCACCUUACUGGCCGGCUCGCCGCCCUUCUGGCAUCGCAAACAGAUGCUGAUGCUCAGGAUGAUCAUGGAGGGCCGCUACAAGUUCGGCUCGCCCGAGUGGGAUGACCGCUCGGACACUGUCAAGGAUCUGAUCUCCAGGCUGCUGGUGGUGGAUGCCGCCGUGCGUCUGACGGCCGAGCAGGCCUUAGCUCAUCCUUUCUUCAGGCAGUACCAGAAGGAAGACGUGCGACGUUUCAGCCCCAGAAGGUCGUUCAGGGUGUUGAUCGUGACCGUGCUGGCGUGCAUCCGGAUGUACGCCCGCUAUCGCAGGGCCCGCCCGCUGACCCGCGAGGUGCUGGCCCGGGAUCCUUACUCGCUGCGGGGCGUGCGCAAGCUCAUCGACGGCUGCGCCUUCCGCAUCUACGGCCACUGGGUGAAGAAAGGCGAGCAGCAGAACCGGGCCGCCCUCUUCCAGAACACCGCCAAGGUCAUGCUGCUCGAGCUGGAGGACUUUGAAACAUAAACCUCAUCUUUAGUCUUGUUUUUCCACUGGCGCUGUUGUGUUCUGUCAAGGUGCGGUUUCAUUUUUAGAGGAGGGACUCGGGAAUUUAUGCCUUACCGCAUGCUGUCUCAAGCACGCACAUAGUUUAACAAAAAUAAGAAUCCUGAUAAGCAUUUUUGGGGGGCGGGCUGAGGGGGGUUGUUUUAAAUUGCCUCAAGUCACAUUUUUUGCAGUGCGCUUUGCGCUAAGGGGCAUUUAUGCACGUUCUCAUUCGUGUUUGGGAAAACACUGUGAUUAGCUAUUUAACAUGAAACUACUCGCAAGAAGUUUGCUUUCGUCGGGUUUCAGUUGAACCUUUGGGAUGAAUCUAAAAUGUACAAGUGAAGAAAUGUGCGUUUCACAGUUCCGAGAAGGUCAAAUCCAGUUCUGGAAAGGAUCUCGUGCAUUUUAGGUUCAUCCUCAAAUGUCAUCCAAACAUUUCAUGAGUCGUCUAUUACGCAUACGGCUGUGGAUGGUGUCUCAUAUUUACAGAUCUUCUAAGACAAAUGUGAAAUAUUUACAGCGUGUACUGUACUUGGCAUGUUUUUGGUUGACAAAAAACAAAAAUCUCCAAGUUUCUUCAAGAAGAAACCAAGCGUUUGUGACUGUAUUUCCUGUGAAAAACUCAUUCCACUGCACCAUGACCGUUGAAAGCGACGAAAUAAAAACUAUUUAAUAUUUGCUCCAC